AUGGAUUUUCCUUUCCCGCUGAUUGGAUUUUUAAUAACACUGUGCCAUUUAGGAUGUGGAGUCAGAGGACAGACCGAUUCAGAAUGUGGAGGUAUCCUGGAUGCCAGUAAGCCCGGUUACAUCACCUCCCCCGGUUACCCAACGGAGUACCCCCCUCAUCAGAACUGCCACUGGGUCAUCCAAGCGCCUGAGCCCUCGCAGCGCAUCGUCCUCAACUUCAACCCUCACUUUGAGAUCGAGAGGCUCGACUGCAAGUACGACUUCAUAGAAAUCCGUGAUGGGACCUCGGAUACAGCUGACGUUUUGGGACGACACUGCAGCAACAUCGCCCCGCCGCCCAUCAUCUCGUCCGGAUCCUCGAUCCAGAUCCGAUUCGUCUCGGACUACGCCCAUCAGGGUGCCGGUUUCUCUCUGCGCUACGAGAUCUUCAAAACAGGUUCGGAGUUCUGCUUUCGCAACUUCACCAGCCCGUCCGGCAUGAUUGAGUCCCCAGGGUUCCCGGACAAAUACCCGCACAAUCUGGAGUGCUCCUACAUGAUCAUGGCCCCGCCCCACAUGGACAUCACCCUAACCUUCCUCACGUUCGACCUGGAGAACGACCCCCUGAUGGUGGGCGAGGGCGACUGCAAGUACGACUGGCUGGAGGUGUGGGACGGCCUUCCGCAAGCUUCGCCUCUGAUUGGCCGCUACUGUGGGACAAAGAUCCCCCCUGAGAUCCAGUCAUCCUCCGGCCUGCUGUCCCUCUCCUUCCACACGGACAUGGCGGUGGCCAAAGACGGCUUUUCUGCACGCUACAACAUCACCCACAAAAAAGUCUCCGACUCAUUUCACUGUAGCCUGGCGCUAGGCAUGGAGUCGGGAAAGAUCAGCGACGACCAAAUCUCCGCUUCCACCACCUUUUACGACAACCGCUGGUUGCCGCGGCAGGCUCGCCUCAACAACGACGACAACGCCUGGACGCCCGCAGAGGACAGCAACAAGGAGUUUAUACAGGUUGACCUCCACUUCCUCAAGGUUUUGACUGGGAUAUCCACCCAGGGGGCCAUAUCCAAAGAAACUCAGAAGUCUUACUACGUCACAACCUUUAAACUGGAGGUCAGCACCAAUGGAGAGGACUGGAUGGUGUACCGGCAUGGCAAGAACCACAAGAUCUUCCACGCUAACACAGACCCGGCUGAGGUGGUCCUGAACCGCAUCCCGCAGCCACUUUUGGCCCGCUUCGUUCGGAUCCGGCCCCAGACCUGGAAGAAUGGGAUUGCACUUAGAUUUGAGCUCUACGGAUGCCAGAUCACAGACACUCGGUGCUCGGACCUGCAGGGCUUGAUGUCCGGCCUGCUUCCUGAUGCCCAGAUCUCGGUGUCGUCCAGCAGGGAAGUGGUGUGGAAUCCCAGCUCGGCCCGGCUUGUUGCAAGUCGCUCUGGCUGGUUCCCUGCACCUACGCAGCCGCUGGCUGGAGAGGAGUGGCUCCAGGUGGACCUCGGUGUUCCCAAGACGGUCCGUGGAGUUAUAACCCAGGGAGCGCGGGGAGGAGACCCAGGUAGUGGACCUGCCACAGACAACCGGGCCUUCGUCAGGAAGUACAAAGUAGCACACAGCCUGAAUGCAAAAGAUUGGAACUUCAUCAUGGACUUCAGGACCAGCCAACCUAAGAUAUUUGAGGGGAACACACAAUACGACACCCCAGAACUUCGUCAUUUCGAGGAGACAGUGGCGCAGUACAUCAGGCUGUAUCCGGAGAGGUGGUCCCCUGGAGGGAUUGGGAUGAGAGUGGAGAUCAUAGGAUGCGACCUUCCAGAAAUAAGCACUCCAGUAGACACCGUAACACCGACUUUACCUCCCAGUCCAGAAACCACCACAGUCCCCAUCACCACUUCAGCAACAGCCACUUCUCCCUCCUCUAUUGGCGUCUGUGAUUUUGACCACGGUCUGUGCGGAUGGACACACGACCCCAGCGCCCCGCUGUUCUGGUCGCUGCACAGACAUGCGCUCAACAGUUACCUGUACCUGGAUGUGAGCAUGAAGACGGAGCAGCAGCGGGCUCGGCUCGUCAGCCCCGUUGUGCCAGCUGACGCCGGGCCCCUCUGCCUACUCUUCUCCUACCAGAUGUGGGGGGAAGCCAAGGGCCACCUGAGGAUAUUUGUGCGAGACAGCCUUAACGACGAAAGCCUCCUGUGGUCGCUCCAUGACAACCACACCACCGUCUGGAGAGAAGGCCGGACCAUCGUGCCACGCUCCCCAAAAGAAUUCCAGGUUGUGAUAGAGGGUUUCUUUGAGCACAACACCAGAGGACACAUCUGGAUAGACAACAUCCACAUGAGUGCAAGCUCACCUCUGAAAGAGUGCACAGAGCCCUUCUCGGCCUUUUCUCCAGAAAAUUCAGAUAACAGGCACAUUGGAGAUGGGCGACUUUCAAUGGGCAGAGAUCCGCUUGGAAGUGGUUUGCAAUACCCAGAGUGGAACACAGCAUCCCCUUCAUCUGAUCCUGCGGUGACACUCACGCCAGAGAAAGACAACUCGUGGCUGUACACCUUGGACCCCAUUCUGGUCACGAUCAUUGUCAUGAGCUCCCUGGGCGUGUUGCUCGGGGCGGUGUGCGCAGGCCUCCUCCUGUACUGCACCUGCUCCUACAGCGGACUCUCGUCGCGAUCCUCCACCACUCUGGAGAACUACAACUUCGAACUCUACGACGGCCUCAAGCACAAAGUCAAACUCAACCAGCAGCGCUGCUGCACGGAGGCAUGAGGGAAAAGAUGCAGGCAUUUCGUAAAAUCUCUAUGUUCUUCAUCAAUGCCAAUUUUGUUGUUUCUCAGCGGAGCGGGUCUCGAGGAGAACUUGUUUGGGAAACGCAGCACCGUCCAGUAUUGGCAGUUGUUUCAGCAACUGCACCACUGACUGACAGCCCUGGGUUACCUCCAUGGAUUGCUUCAUUGCAGGGAUGAUAGGCCUCAAAAACGAAAUAUCAACACAUAUCAAUUACUCAAUCCUGGGUCACCUAAAGAGAACUUAUAAAUGCAUCAUAGAUAUGUCUAGUUUUCCAACUGGACACUGUAAGCUACACAGACAGAGCUGGACACGUUGUGUUGGAAAGGUGGUAGGAUAGGUUUGCUUAGAAGAGUAUUUUUUGAUCACCUGUGAACACAGUGGCCUAGAUCUUAGCUCCUUUGUAAGGCCCCUUGAAUUUUUGGUUCCGUUGUCCACUCUUUGCUACCUAUCAGCCUCUGUUCGCCCCCUUAGUUCCUGACUGUGGUAUUUUUAGUAGAGAGUCUGCUCUAUCACUUUUUGUUAAAUGUUUUCUUUUGGGCCGGUUACCAUUCCUGUGGUAGAAGAUAAGUUGGGAGAAAAAGA